UACUUACCCACAAUGCUCCUAACGCCAUAGUGACCUGCGACCCUGACAUUGAGAGAAAGACGAAAGUGAAUGUUUUGCCUUUCAAUCAACUUUAUUAACAAGCAGAAGUUAUAAGCGGUUAGGAGCGCGCGUGCUAAAUAAGCCUUGGAGGCGUCAUAGUACAGCGUGUCACUUAACUGGUUUACGUUUUCUUUCCUGGUUUAACCAUGAACGAAGACCCAGCCAAAAAGAGGUUUCCUUCUUCUCCUGCAUAUAUGUUUGGGGUGGUGUCUUCUGAUAUCAUUGAAGAUGUUCUUGUGGCCUUAGCAAAGGAAAAUGAACAAAGCUUGGCUAAUUUGUCGGAAAAUGCUGGAUCCUUUAAAGAUCCAAGAGUUGUUGAAAUAAUUUUCCUGCUGUCAGAAUACUGGGGUCAAGACAGCUCUACAAAGUACCAAGCCGUGGAAAUAUUAGAUAGGUUUAUGAUCUUGCAUGUAGAAGAUGUUUUUAAGACCAGCGCCGAAUACAAGAAUAUUAUGGACCGGUCCCAGGCUGAACCAUGGAGCUCCCUGAAAAUCCGACUGUGCGACACAUUCAUGCUUCAUCUCGCAUCCUGUGUGCAAAUUGCAAGCAAACUGUACUUCCAUUGCCAUAUUGUCAAUUACAACACCAUCCUGAAGUUCCUGGGGUCAGCAGGCUACACGUACACCAAAGCAGAAUUACUGGCAUCUGAACUCACAGUGUUAAAGACUUUACAUUUCCACGUAAACCUUCUGUCUCCUUUCAGUUAUGUAGAAAUGCUUUUAGAGGUUUUAGGGCACAAUGGCUGUUCUCUCUCACUAAGGCCCUUACGUGAAAUGUGCAUUAUGAUUUUGGAUCUGGUUUAUUUAGUAAAAAACGCAAUUUAUGAUAUGGUACUGAAGGCAUCCAUAGACCUCCAGUCUCCAACUGCCUUACAGAGGAUUAAAUUUGUGCCUGUAAAAGAAGAUCAGAUGCUCCUGGCUGCCAGCGUUAUUUCUGUAGGUGUCUUCAUAUUGGGCCAUGACUCCUGGAAUCAGGUAUAAUUGCAAUGAUUUAAUUGAGCACAUUAGAAAAUUUUCUUUUUUUUGUGCUUUAUUAAAGAAGUUCACCACGGAAAAAAAAUUGUUUUUCAUUACUAUUUGUAAAUUUGCAAUUGUCCGGUGGCAUAACUACUGUGGGUAUGACUGUUAUAAAGCAAUGUUUUGCAUCCAUAAUGUGAAUCGCCUGCAUUAACAUUUUCAAGCAAGUGAUUGGCUGCAACUCUUGCAUCCAGGCCUGUGGGUCUGCAGUUGUAACCAGAAUUUGUUUAUCCCUUUUGCCAUAUGAGCAGAUCUGGCUUUUCAUGGUCAGCUAUAGACAUACAGUGGCUUGCAAAAGUAUUCGGCCCCCUUGAACU